AUGACCAUCAUGUCUGUCUGUGCAUGUCCUGCAGGGUGCACACAGUUGCAGAGGAAUGAGGAGGUGCAGUGCUCAAACCAUGAUGCAACACAUAAGCUCAUUCUCUUCCCUAGCGGGAAGCUUUCUGAACACUGGGCUAAAGCUUCAGCAAACUGUCCCAAGACAAGGCUGGUGCAAGAACUGGGAAACCAAAAUAUUGUUCAAGUAGCGUGUGGGGACCAGCAUGCCAUGGCACUAUCCAGAGGGGGUGAGCUCUUCACCUGGGGCCAGAACACCCACGGACAGCUUGGAGUGAGGAUCCAAACCACAUUUACUCCCAAACCACAGCUGGUGGAAAGACUAAAGGGCAUCCCACUUGCUCAAAUUGCUGCCGGAGGAGCUCACAGCAUCAUUGUAUCACUCUCUGGAGCUGUGUAUUCCUGGGGAAAGAACAGUUUUGGACAGCUGGGACUCGGAGACACGAAAGAUAAGGACUGCCCAACAUAUGUUGGAGCUCUAGAGCACUGGAAGACUGUGUUUAUCUCAUGUGGGGCAGAUCAUACUGCAGUUCUCUCCAAGGAGGGGCUGGUGUGCACCUUUGGAGCAGGAGGGUCUGGCCAGCUGGGUCACAACUCCACCCGGAAUGAACUCCUGCCUCGAGUGGUGGCUGAGCUGUGGGGAGCAAGGGUUUCACACAUUGCCUGUGGCAGACAAUACACUCUGGUCUAUGUCCCUUCCUUGGACAAACUCUAUUUCUUUGGUUCUGAUGAUGGACAACCGGAAGAUGAGAGGAAGCCAAAUCAGUUGAUACCACUUCCCAUCAAUUCACCAGGGAAUACUGGAAAAUCCUGCCAGAAAAAGGAUGUAUCAAAAAAAGGGAUUAAAAUUACUGCAGGGAUAAACCAAAGUUUUGCCCACUUCAAGGAGAAGAAUUCAUAUUGGAGCAGAAUUGCCACUCUGGAGGAUAAAGAAGUGGAUGCAUGGGUUUCUAAUUCUAAAUGUCGUAAGAGUAUAAAAAAAAACAUCAGACUGAUUUUUUCAUCUGAGGCUUGCAUCAACGGAAGUUUCCUGGACAAAAGAGACAAACAUUUCAAAACUUCCAAAGAAGUCUCAGGCAUAGACAUAUCAGAAGUGAAACGUUUUUAUGAGAAGAUCAGUAAAAACCAAACAGUCUAUCAGGAGGUGCAACAGACGAUUCUGAAUUUACUGGCAUCAUUGUCUCCCUCUCUCAUCUCACCUGAAAAUUUCAGAGUCUACUUGAUCUUGCCUUUCCUUCUGAAUGGGAAAGAUAUAGACUCUUUCCCUUCUCUGAUUCUUCUGGCUCAAGCCAUCAUGAAGCUCCAGCCAGAGGGCCUGCAAACUCUUGAAUGCCUAUGGGCAAACCUAGAAACAUCCUUUUUCAAGGAGCUGGUCACUGUCUAUCAGAGGGUUUCCCAGAAAAUCCUGUUUCAAUUUGUCCUGGACUGCAAAGCCAUUGGACCAAGCUGGCUCUUCAACCUGGACCCAACUGAAAGUGCACCUCUGCAAAUACUGCAGAUGCUUUACCAGGUGAAUUCCAGAACUGGUUUCAGAGUACAUGAAAACGACUUCCAUGUACCUGAAGUGAAAAAGAUUAUCAACUUAUAUUCGUCCUUCAAUAUAGUAACAGUCCUAAGGAAGCUGAGCAAGUACCCAUGCAUCUUUGACAGAAUGAACAGGAUCCACCUUCACAGAACAGAAUGCAGGGCUCUGUCCAAUAUCUCUCCUAUACCCCUUAUGUGGAUCGCUGAAAAAUGGAAAUUUUGCAUCAGAAGACAAUGCCUUCUGCAAGACAUAUGGAAAAAUUUAAAAUCCGCCUCAAACCAAGAUUUCAGGAAGAUGUUAGAGGUGACUUUUGUGGGUGAGAUGGGAGAGGACAGAGGUGGGGUGUCCCAGGAGCUCUUCAGCAUUGCAGUCAGGACCCUCUGCCAGCCCAGUGCCAGCACCUUCUGUCACUUCCCCUCCGGCCUCGUGUGGUUCCCCAAACAGGCCUCAAGCUGUGAGGAUGAGGACACUUUCCUCUUGAUUGGGACACUGUGUGGAAUCGCCCUGUUUAACAAGUGCAUGGUGCCCUUCCCCUUCCCCAGGGCACUCUACAAAAAGCUACUGGACCUGGCCCCCACCCUGGAGGACCUUGAGGAUCUGCUGCCAACCGUGGGCCGGAGUCUUUGGAGAAUUUUGAAUGAAGAAAGUGAUAGCUUGGACUUGGACUUCACGAUAAUGGAAGGAGGAGAUUCCACGGAUGUUGUUGAACUUAAAGAAAAUGGUGCCAACAUUCCUGUCACUAAGGAUAACAGGAAAGAAUAUAUUGAUUUGUAUGUGAAUUAUAUAUUCAAUAAAUCAGUACAGAAGCCAUUUGAGGACUUUAUGCAAGGGUUCUUAAGAGGCUGCCCAGCUAGAAAUUGGAAGGUGUUUUUCCCUGAAGAGCUGCAGGUUCUUCUCCAGGGACACACAACAUUUGACUGGCAUCUGCUGGAAAAGAAUGCAAUGUACAGACGGUACAAGAAGUCAGAUCAAACUAUCAGGAAGUUUUGGACUGUGUUUCACAAGCUACCAGAAGAAAAAAAGAAAAUGUUCCUUGCUUUUUUGUCAGGAUCUGAUCGAAUCGCUGGCUAUGGACUGGAAUGUUUUAGAUUUUGGAUUGAAGAUCCUCAAGUAGAAAAUCCAGAUGAGGUCUCUCCCUCUGCCAGUAUUUGCUCCCUCAUUUUGUUCCUCCCUAGAUACAGCAGUAAAAAAAUACUCAAAGCAAAAUUGCUUUUUGCCAUAGAGCAUAAUGAAGGUUUUGGCCUUGCUUAACUCUGGGUUAGAAGCACUUUAAAGCAAAAAUAAGAAAAGGAGCCUUUGUUCACUUGUCAUGUUUUCUCUUAAUAACUCCAGUUUACUGUUUUCUACCCUGCCUUAUUUUUACUGCACUUCAUAAAUACCUGAGUGUGUAUUUGCAGAGAUUUUAUAUUGCUUAUAAAAUUAAGCUUUUACCAGAUUUAUUAAAUUAAGCAGAUACCUCAUAGUUAGAUUGUAAAGUUAGGAAAGAAGAAUCCUGUUUGGCACACUUCAGAGAAGCAAGGUGAUAACCAAACAUAUUUACACAGUCUGGUUUUGUUAGGACAGUGAGCUCCCAGCAGCAGGGAUUCUGUGAUUUGUGCAUUUAUGCAUUAUCAGGCACACAACCAGGAUGUGUUAAGCAGUCACCCUUGCAAGGCAAAGCUGGGGUAAGGUUUUCAUCUAUGUUACUUAAGGUUUCCCUUGGGGAGCAACUAACACAUUUAAUGAGACUGAAUUUAAGGAGCAGUCUGUGCUCACCUGGACAUGGUCUGUGAUUUAUUUGAGAGAAAUUCUGAGGAGUAUUUGAUCAUUCCUAGACUUUUUCAAAAGCCGUAUUAAUGAAUUAUAAUAAUAUUCUCUUUGUUGUUUAGUGUGAUAACUGAUAUUUUUCAUGUUUCUUUCUACCUUCUAAGGAGAUGUUUCACAAUUAAAUAGUAAAAUCUUAGGCUUGCAGAACAGCACUGUCUACAGAGACCUGUGGACAUGAGGCUGGCAGGGCUUCUGGAAUCUCAUUGUCAAAACAGUGCAGAGCACUGGCAGGAUAUUAACAGUGUCAGGCAGGAUUCUGUGUAUUUUUGUGUUUUCUGUGUAUUUUGCUAUGUGGAGAGGGGGAGAGAAACAACAGUCAUUUUUCAGCAGUCUUCUCUUUGGUUAAAUCUGUUAGGUGACAUCCAUAUGUAAAGAAUCCUUCCACUGUC